AUGCCACCGAGAGCCGUGUCUGUGGGACAGGCCGAUGAGAGCGAAAGGACUAAACAUUUCAACACGCUAGACUUGGUGGAUGAGAAUCCCAAGGACAUUAUGCUAAAAGAAGAAAAUAGGGGAGAGCAAGAAGUUGAUGUUUCGAAUCAGAACACGCAGAGUGCCAACACACCGUCUGCACCCUUUGCCAGCAUUUCUAGCGAGAACACGCCUAGCAUCACGAACAUCGAGUUCCCUGGGGAUACCACCUCUGUUGACGAGGUUAAAUCGAGUCCUCUAACGCCCAUUCACGAACAAGAUGCAUUCGAAGAUCCAGUCCCUAAGGACAGCGAAAGUAAAGAGAAGGACGCCUUUACCUCGUCGGCCGAUGUCUCGAGCGGAGUUCCCAAAGAUGGAAAGGCGUCGACAGUGGGGAAGAUGACAACCCCAGACCACGCGCCAAGACGGGAACACACAGGACCACGUGACGAAAACGUGACGUGGGUGCAAUCGUGUGACUGCACCCAACAGGAAAACCGAAGGACGAAUAUAUAA